AUGCGUGUGCCUCCACGACCUCGACCAUUCAGAACCACCUCAGGCCGACCUGUCGACCCGAGACUCACUGGCCGAUUCGUUGGUCCUGUUGGUCCUCGAAUGCCAGCUCGUUCCACGAAGACAUCAGAAAAGCUCGUCUUACUCCCCGAAGCUGUCGAGGAGGACGACGAGAAAGGCGACUUCGGCCUUGGUGCCGACACCGACAAAGGUCCUCCAAAGGACGAUGAAGACUACCGCAAACCUGGAGGCGAGAGAGUCAAAAGCUACGCUGAGAGACUACCUAAGUCAAGACGUACGGAAAAGGAGCUUCCCAGGGUUACGGCCUAUUGCACGGCACAAGCAUACAAACUGCAAUCCACCGCAACUUUCGUCCGCCAACGGCAUGGCGCCCGAGCGAAACUCUACGAUGACUGCUUAUACUGCGCAUAUCACCUACCCUUAAUACCCGGCAACGAUGGAUACCGUCUUCGAAGCAGCCCGCCGGUUCGGAGCGCAAAAGGUGGGACGGUCUUGGAUGAGGCCAUUGCGCGCAGUGAGCAAAGAGACUACCGAGAGCCGUAUUAUGACGAAGAGGAGGAGCAGCAUUCCGUGAGGGGAAAUUACACGCCAGAUGAGCAGCCUGUCGACUUGGAUCGCAGUCAUGCGGACGAGCUGGAACCACCCCGGCUCAACGGCCAGCGCAGAAACAGCAACCAUUCGCAAAGGUCAAACAGUCCCGGUGGAGGCCAGUCGUUUGACGCCUACCGGUUCGCCGAGAUGUUCGUCUUCAGCUAUGGAGUGGUGGUGUUCUGGAAUUUCAGCGAGAGGCAGGAAAAAGAUGUCCUGGCUGACUUUGCUUUCGCGACCAUUGUCGACCCGAACACUAACGUCGUCUCUCCCUUGACCCUCACAACGAACGCCUUAGAGGAGGAAGAUUUCGAGACCGAGGAGUUCCACUUCGAAUACAACAGCGAGAUCUCGCGGCCUCGGGUCUAUAACGACAUGAUCACGUUGCGCACUGGCGACCACAUGAUCAAGCUGGCCAUUAGCCACGCCAUAGCGCAGAGCACCAAACUGGGUUUCUUUGAAGAAGCAAUGGCGGGUCAGAUGGAAGCUGCCAAAGAUGUUCCUGGCAAGCUCGCCAAAACCGGAGAGCUCGGCAUGAAACGAGAAGAGGUCAUCAAACUGCUCGGCGGCUUGUUCAAGAGUCGAGUGGACGUCAAUUUGUCCUCGAAUGUGCUGGACGUCCCGAACCUGAUUUGGGACAGCGAGCCGACCCUGCAUCCACUGUACAACGCAGUCCGGGAGUAUCUCGAAAUUAAGCCUCGGAUCCAAGUGCUUAAUGAACGGUGUCGGGUGUUCCUCGACCUGGCCGAAGUGCUGUCAGACUAUAUUUCGGACAACAAAAUGUCACAAAUCAACUGGAUUAUCAUAGUGCUUAUUGUCAUCUCCAUCCUCGUGACCUGCAGCGAGGUCUUUCUACGCUUUGGAAUGCUGAGUACGAAGGGAGGGGCAGCCAAGACUGGACAGGCCGUGCAAAUGACGUUGUCAAGCAACGUGUUCUAA